CAGGGUUAUAAAGCUGUCUGUCUGCAACAUGUGUUAUCAAUUGAACAGUUGUGUGACAUCUAUCAGCCCCAAGGCUGAAUCACAAAACAGGUGGGAUCACUGUGGCAGGCAUGGAGCCAAAUGAAGAGACAGGCCACUCCAGGGCAGAAAGUGCAGGUGAAGCGCUGAGUGAAUCUGAGCUGGAGAAGAUCGGCCUGAGAAAACAGAUUCCACGAGGGUCACUUUCCACCAAGAUCAGGAAAAUAAGAUGCUCAGGAUCAACUGCAAAAAGCUUGCUAUUUCGGUUCCUGCCCAUCCUUAGCUGGUUGCCACGCUACCCAGUCAAAGAAUGGUUACUAGGGGACAUCACCUCAGGAUUCAGUGUGGGAAUUAUGCAUCUCCCACAGGGUUUGGCAUAUGCACUCCUAGCAGGGCUGCCUCCAGUCCAUGGUUUGUAUUCGGCCUUCUAUCCAGUUCUGCUGUAUUUCAUAUUUGGGACAUCCAGACACAUCUCUGUUGGUCCAUUUGCUGUCAUUUCUGUGAUGUUGGGAAGUAUGACAGAGUCACUAGAACCAAAUGGAAAAUAUCUGGAAGUGAUCAUUGGCACCAAUAAAACAUUUGUCAAUGAGACCCGGAGGGAUGCAGCCCGAGUUGAGCUGGUAGCUGCAGUCACCUGCUUAAUGGGUCUGUUCCAGGUUGCCCUUGGCCUGCUGCAGUUUGGAUUUGUGGCCACCUAUCUUUCGGAGCCCUUGGUGCGAGGCUACACCACAGCUGCUGCUGUCCAUGUGCUGGUUUCCCAGCUAAAGUAUGUCUUUGCAAUCAGCCUGGAAGAGAAAUCUGGGCCGUUGUCACUGAUCUAUACCUUUGUGGAGAUUUGCUCAAAAUUACCUGGAACUCAUACUGGUACUUUGGUGACUGCCUUGAUCUCCAUGAUUGCCCUUUUGCUCAUUAAGCUACUCAAUGACAAAUUGGAUAAGAAGCUUCCAGUACCUAUCCCCAUUGAACUCCUCACGAUUAUUGUCUCCACGGCAAUCUGCUAUGGUGCCAGCCUGAACAACAAAUUUGGGAUUAGUGUUGUGGGUGAUAUUCCUAAGGGAUUGAGAUCUCCUGAAGCCCCCAAUGGAAGCUGGUUUGGGCAGGUGAUAGGGAAUGCUUUUGCCAUUGCUAUUGUUAGCUAUGUCCUUUGCAUCUCCCUUGGGAAAAUCUUUGCCCUCAAGCACGGUUAUAGUGUGGACAGCAACCAGGAACUGAUAGCCUUGGGACUCAGUAACGUCACGGGUAGCUUUUUCCAUUGCUACAGCAUCAGCUGCUCCAUGUCCCGCUCCCUAGUACAAGAAAGCACAGGAGGACACAGCCAGAUGGCUACCGUCAUCUCUUCCCUCAUCAUCCUGGCAACCAUUUUGAAGAUUGGAGAACUUUUCCACGAACUACCCAAAGCUGUCUUAGCUGCCAUUGUGAUUGUCAACUUGAAAGGCAUGUUCAAACAGUUCAAAGAUAUUCCUGCACUUUGGAGAUCUAAUUUUACCGACCUGCUUAUCUGGCUUGUAACUUUUGUCGCUACGGUACUCUUGAAUCUUGACUUGGGACUGGCAGCAGCUGUGACAUUUUCACUCUUCACUGUCAUAUUCCGGACUCAGAUGCCUUAUUAUUCGAUUUUGGGACAAGUGUCCACCACAGGAAUUUACAAAGACAUUGCUGAGUAUCAUAAAGCUAAGGAAAUACCAGGUGUGAAAAUUUUCCACUCUUCUGCUACUAUCUAUUUUGCUAAUGCUGAAUUGUAUGCAGAGGCCCUUAAAAAAAAGUGUGGCAUUGAUGUGUGCCGUCUCAUUGAAAAGAAGGUGAAAGCUUUGAAGAGGAAGCAAAAGAAAGACAAAAAAGAAGCCAAGAAAACUGCUAAAAAAUCUGGAGAAAACAACCCUGGAUUUGAGGAUGUAGAGAUGGAUGCAAAGUCACAAGAACCAGAGGAAGGCAUAGUAGAUACUGAGGUCAAUGGAACUGUGAUGGCUUUGGAUCCCCCAAGUCACCACCAGCUACAAUCUUGUGGCAAACCGAGUUUAAAUGAUCUGGGGCUGGAAAAGCCUUCUAUCCACUCAAUCAUUCUGGACUUCAGCUCUAUUACCUUUGUGGACACUGUCUCCAUAAAGACCUUAACAAAUAUAUUUAAAGAUUUCCAGGAGAUUGAAGUGGAUGUGUUUCUUGCUGGUUGCCAUGGCACUGUCAUUACCCAGCUGGAAAGAGGCAGUUUUUUCAAUGAAACCAUAACCAAGAACCACCUUUUUGCAUCAGUGCAUGAUGCAAUUACCUAUAUCGCCAGGAACCGAAAACAGAGCAUGCCACACAUUGACAAUGUUGACUACAACACUAACAUGUAAUCCGAGGAGCAGAAAACAAGCCUAUGUCUUCGAGAUGAUGUACUAAACUAUGUUGCUAAUGAGAUAUGAUUCAGCACUGUUACCAGUCCAGAGAAGAAGUGAACCAUUACCAAGUGCAAAUGCUUAAAAAUUGGAAGUUGGAAAUGCCUUUUCCUGGAGACUCAACUUUGGAGGAACUGAGAACUGAUAGUGGCCGAGAAACUUUUGUUCUGGAUUUUUGAGCACUGAUUCUUCUAGUUCUCCUGAGAAAAUAUUUCAUGGAUUAGAAAAGAAUCCCUCUCAGGUACUAAAACUUGUUGCUAUCCCUGCUCUUGGGAUAAGGAUAUUCCAUGCAAACCUACCACUGGAUUUGGUGAAAAAACUGGGCAUUUACAGCAUGUUUUUGCCUUUGUGGUGGUCAUGAUCAACAAGGAAAGGCAGAACAUCUCUGUUACAGAAGCAUCUACUCUCCAUGUUUGUUUCUUCCUUCUUGGACUGGAGUUUUACUAUCAGGUCUUAGAAAGUGAGUUUUUUCAUACUUUGAAUUUCUUUGGUCAUGCCUGGAUGCCUUAAUACAGAAGAAGGAGCUUUAGCCCACAUGCUUUACACGAAGUAUUCCUAAUAUUUCCAGUCAGAAGUAUCAGAUAGGCAAACAAUAAGAAAGUUGAAGACCUGUGAUUAAGAUCCUGGAAAGUCAGCAUAAAUCAAAGUUGGUGAUACUGGACACGUAAACAAGACCUCUGGUUUUUCUUUCACUAAUACUGCUUGAUUUCAGUAGACUUGAUUACAAUUUACUGAGACAAUGCAUAAGAAACAGGAAGUGGGACUUUUAUUGCAAAAUGGUAAGAAAGAAAGAAUGUAUGAAUUAUGAAGUCAUUAUUAUUUCUUGGGAAGCAGGAGUUGAAAUCAGAAGAUAAAUAGAUAUCUGGUCUUAGAAAGGUUGGGGGGGCAGGCAUCCUAUUAAUAUGAAUUAAAUGUGUGUCUGGGUCAGCUCUCUAUCAAAAUGCGACAACUGUCUCCAGAAGCAGAUGUUGUGAGGUGAGACUGCAAGAUGUUAGAGAAUUCUGAGUUAAAUAACCUGCCCUGCCAAAUUAAGCCAGCCUGUUCAUUAUUCAGGCCAAUAAUCAGACCAGAAUCUACAAUGUUCAGAUAUAUCCUCAGUGACCUAACCAUUUUAUCAGCAGAGAUAUCUUUAUUUGAUUUUUACAUUUUAUGCACUACUGUUUCUCAUGCUUUGAACAGAUAUCCCCCUUUUCUUUGUUUGUUUAGCAUCUAACAUUAAAACAUAUGUCUUGUGGUCUGUAUACACUCAAAGUUAUAAUAAAUAUCUUUU